AUGGGUGUCCAAUACCUAUCAUGGAACUACGACCAAAUGGGUGUAGUUGCUACAGUACGACUAUCAGAGGAUACAGAUAAUACAACGGCAUGGCAACGCUUCCUACCAACGGGUCCUGUAGCACUUCUACCACUGAACUCAGACUAUAGCUCCCUAGUAUGGUCAACAACACACGAACACGCAAAACAACUGCUGAAUAUGCCAGAGGAAAACUUCAUAGAUGCACUGAAUGAUGCUCUGUGGAAACAGUAUCCCCGAAGCGGCGCUGUCGACGCUUGCAUGUCAUGGCUUGGGUCAGUGCUCCGUAGUAUAGGGCUCCCCGAUGGGGCGGAGCGCCAACUACCCCCUAGUGUGGCUACACUAGCGCCAUCCUCCCGCGCCGCCUUCCCACUCGGCUUUGGACAUAGCACUCGUUACGUAGCACCACAUGUGGCCUUGGUCGGUGAUGCAGCUCAUCGUGUUCAUCCAUUGGCCGGUCAAGGAGUCAAUCUUGGCUUUGGAGAUGUUAAGGAUUUGACUGAUUUCCUAUCAGAUGCUCUGUAUAGCGGCCUGGAUGUCAGUCAUAACGACUGGUUAGAAAAGUACGAAAGUGCCCGCCAGCGACACAAUGUACCCAUGCAAUUGGCAGUCGACGCUCUAUACAGGCUAUACGGCGCUGACUUGCCACCAGUAGUACUCGCUAGAAGCGUUGGAUUACAGCUAACCAACGCCAUACACCCACUUAAGCGAAUUCUGCGAAAACAAAUGCUUUGUUAG